CUCGGUGACGUGGCUCGCUCCUGGGUUCCGUUUCCACCCGAAGGACGAGGAGCUCGUUCGCUACCAAACCCUUUUAAGUUCGACGCUAUCUCCGUCACAAAUCCGAGCCCUCGGAUCUUCCAGGUUAUUUUUUUCUUUAUUAAUUCUCCCUCGAAUUGGUUACAAUGAUCUUGUUUUGAUUUGAUUGAUUUUGAGUUUGUUUUGGGGAUUAUAAUGGUUCGAGGGCCGUGUGGAUGAAGAAGACCCUUUUGUUUAUCACAGGGAUCGAGCUCCUCGUGGUGAAUGAACCAACUAGGUUAUGCAUAAGUGAGAAUCGCCUUACUGAUGAAGAGUUGAAGAUUGCUGGUGUGCCACAAGUAACAUCAAUUGGGGUUUCUUCUUGUAGGAUGCGUUGGUGCUAUGUAGGAUAUUCCAGAAAAGCCGUGCAGGGCCUAAUAAUGGAGAGCAGUACGGUGCUCCUUAUCUUGAAGAGGAGUGGGAAGAGGAUAAGAUUACAUUUGUACCCGAACAAGAUGCUCUCUGUGAAGGAUUGGUUGUUGAUGAUGAUAAAGACAAGUCAACCAUUUCACUCGUGGGAAUGGUCAAGAGACUGGAACUGGGACUUUAUUGGACAAUUCUCAUUGUCAGUUCAUCCCUUAAUCAUUGGUGUUACUGGACUUUUGCUUCUUGAGAGGUACCAUCAGUUACCUCAGAUGGUAAUAACUUUUCUUUGUGGGGAAGUGGAGAGUGGUGGAUGCUUCAUGCAGCUCAGAGCAUGGCUAUUGGUACUGUGAUGGUUCGAUGGGUCUCAAAGCACUCGGAUCCAAUUAUGGCAACCGGCUGGUAGGUCUUGUGUGUACUCAGUUGGAGCGUGAAGUUGGUUGCAGUUGUUUGGGACUUGGGAGGCAAUCUAUUUUCUAUGGGUUAUUUGUCGACCCACUUGUAUUUGGUUUCUAGAGUAACUUGAGCUCAUGGGAGAGGACAACAGUACCUAGGUGAUCGAUAUACAUACUAUCUGUACCUGUCUAUAGAGACAUUUUGUAGGUCUUCCUUGAAAAUUCUUCAGGCUUGCCUGCCUUGACAAUAUAGUUCAUUAUUGUAUUUUGCAUGUGUUCAUAUCAGACAAUUAUUUUCGGUGAACUGAUUUGUUGCA